AUGAAAGGUGUGAAGAUCGUGUUCAGGGUUGGGCUAGUGUUGCUGCGAAGCACACUGGGAGCAAGAGAGAAGCUUCGAGACUGCCAAGGAAUGUAUGAAACUAUGGAAAAACUCCGGAACAUUCCAGUACAGUACAUGCAGGAGGACUAUUUGGCGCAAGAGGUGAUCAACCUACCAGUAACCGAAGCUUUAAUUGAACGAGAGAGUGGAAUCCAGAGGAAGAAAUGGGAGGAGAGCCGUGGUGAGCUUCAGCACAAGCCCUCACGUCGGCUGUAUGGCUGUCGAGCAGUCAAUGAAGAGAAACAUCGUAUGAAUCCCCCAUUGUCUUCAAGUGCAAGUUUUCUUAGUAUCACUAGCCUGAAAAGGUUCAAGGAUGACAAGAAGGACAAAUCAAGAAUGCUUCGUGACCAGAAGAUCUUCAUCCCUGUGCCUCUGGUGGCCAGCAUAGAAGAACAUCCACUCAAUUACUCCCCCGUUAACCCAAGUACUAACAGUGUAACCAAACCCACCAAGGAAGAAAGGAGAGAGGAUGUAGAGCCUGGCAGGCAUGAGCAGAAAAAGGACAGAGCAGAAAAGGAUGUUAGCAUUCCUUCAGCUAGUGUCAGUAAGACUUCCCAUGAACCUCCAGAACUGACUGUCCAGGUCGUGUCAGAGGGUCUGCGUCCCUCUCUACCCUCUCCAACAGCCAACAUCACCCCUCUUGGUGAGCCAAAGAAGAACAAAGAUGACAAAAAGAAGGAAAAAGAACUAGAAAAGCAGCGUGCCAGGGAGAUGAAAGAGAGAGAGAAGCAGUUCAAACUGGAGAAGGAGAAAGAACAGAAAGAGAGAGAAAAGCAGUUAAAACUGGAGAAGGAGAAGGACAGAAAGAUACAGAAAGAGAAAAACAAGGAGGAAACGAAGCUUAAAAAGGAGAAGAGGUCCAAGCAAAAGGACCAGCCUGAAACUACAGAGAGUUCAAAGGAUAAGCCCUCUCAGAAGGGUGAAGCAAAAGCAGAUGGAGUGAAUGGUACCAAAGGAUGUGCAGAGAAAGUGCCAGCAACUACAUUAGCACAAAAAUCCACUGAUGCCCAGAAUGUCAACAGUCCUUCCAGUAAUCUAAGCAGUGCAGGCGAGUUGCAGGCCACUUUCCUCUGACAAAGGCCCUCAAAAUGCAAUAAGGUACUUCCUGGGUCCUUUUUUUUUUUUUUUUUUUUUUUAAACUGUUUUUUUACUCUGGUCAUGCUAGUAUUUAGCCAGACAAUUUGUGACAUGGAACCAGGCAGCUGCUGUGGACAGUGGUGGUGACUGGGUCUUCAGAGUGUCGACACUGGCCAUCAUCCUGGAACGUGUCAUCUGUCCUCAGACACUGCAUGGCAUGCUUCUGUCAUUGCCAUGUCCUAAGGCUUUGCAAGCAGUGAUAUUAAUGAAUGUCUGAGUCUGACCAGCAGCUGCUGUGGCAUUUGCAGACCUUGAAGGUAUACUGUGUUUCUAUACCAGUUACGUUACCUCUGGUCUGUCCUUUACUCCGCAUGGUAGUAUUGUCUUGUUUAAGAAUGACCAGCAGUGACCACAACUAUUUCCAAGUCAUGACUUUGUUAAUGAGGCAUUGCUGAGUGACGCAAGUGGGAAUCCAUCAUUUCCAGUCCUCAAAAUCAUUGUCUUAACAUAUGUGCUAGGAGCCAGUCAAGACCAAUUUCAAGCUGGUUUCCCAGCGUCAUGCAAACUGAUACAAGAGUUUAGUUAUUGUAGGACAGAACUCUUAACAUUCCUCCAAACAAUAAAUGUAAGGACAUCCCGUUAUUUUACCAAAGACGUGCAUCUUUUCUUGCAUUGAAAAUUAUUGUUUCCUGGUAAUAUAACCACCAUUCCACUGACAGCAGGAUAGAGCAUUCUGAGACAGUGUUUUGAAUAAGCAGUGUUGCUAGAUAAAUUUUCAGACAGACAGAGCAUUAAGUGUUUAGGAAAGUAUUUUCCAUAAAAAGAACAACCCGGAAGUUCCAGUUUUGUAAACUAUACUUGAACUGAAGUGAGAUGUGUUGUGGUGUUUUUGCCAGCAAAAACAGUGAAUUUGUGGAAGAGUCAUUAAAUCGCUGCAUACCUACCUAUGUUCAUCACAUGCUGUCAUCCUGAAUGAAGCUGGGAUCAGUGAUUGACCACUAUUUAAAUCUUUUUCUUGCAUCAUUUGUUUAACUUCAGAUUAUGACUGUUAUGGGUUUAACUGUGUCCAAGCACCUUGUUCUGAAACAUGAGUCAGUGAGCGAUUCCAUCGUAAAUCUUAGCUUAUGGCUGUCUUCUUCCAGCACUUUGUGACCUAUGCAGUAAUGACUUUAGUUAAUUUCUGUGUCUGAUGACUUCUCUCUGUGACUGGAAGAAUGUUUUUGUUUUGCUUGUUAAUCUUAUGUUGACAUUAUAGAACUUUUUUUAUAUUACCUGCUUUCCUGAAGUAUGUCCUGGUAUUAGUAGGUAUCCUUGGGUUUUGUUUAUAGCAACAUUUGCUGAUAUCUUACCCGAUCAUUAACGAUGCAGCUUGCCUCCUUCAGUCUCAAAUGACUGGUCAUUCCUACCCCUAACCGUUUGGGAAUUACUAACAUCUGAGUUUUCCAUUUUUCAGCAGUGUUGGUAUACUGGGAGCUCACCAUCAUGAAUUUGCUAACAUUUCACUUUGUUUUUCUCAGUCAAUAUUGUCAUUUUUGGCUGUGACUUUCAGUGAUUCGAUAAUGUCACCUCACUGUUGUUGAUCACUGCUGAUGUCCUGGAAACCUGACCAUCAUGGAUUUGCUAACCGUUCAGUUUGCUUUUCCCAAGAACCUUUGGCAUUGUAUAGCCUAACUGUAGUCAAGUCAUGUAAGCUUGCGAUUAUCCCCACAGCUGGUAUCCUGAGACUUGACCAUCAGUGAUUUCUUAACCGUUUUACUUUUGACGAUCAUGUUUCAUUUUACCAUUAUCGAUCAUGACUAGUAAUCCUGAGUCCUGACAGUUACUGAUUUUUUAAUAUCUCAGGUUGCUGUGCAAGCUAGAAUCCAACCAUGACUGACUUGGUAACAUCUUAGUGUGCUCUUGUUGGUUACUAGUGGCAUCUGUCGGCCGGACAGUCACUGACUUUGAAAGAUCUCACGUGAUAACAACUGGAUUGCUGGGAUUUGACCAUCACUAACCUGUUAUUGUCCAGCUUGUAUAUUUUAUUGGUCAUGACUGGCACUGCGAGAUUAGGAUACCUGUCACAAGAAGCACUUUAGCUUGUCCUGUGCCACUUGUGUUCCUGCAUCCAUGUUCUUACUUGAUGAAGCAUUUAUUUCCAGCUUUUGCAUUCAACCUAAGGUGUGACUAAUAGUAAGUUCAACAAGUGUUAGACCUUCUAGAAUGUUCUGAAUGUCUAACUGUUAGAGAAACAGAUGUAAAGCUGAUUCAGAUGUGUGUGAGUGCUGCUGGUGUGAGCAUCGUACUCCCAAGUGGUAGCAGCUGGUGUUUCUGUGGUUCUUUGCAUCUCACAGUGCCACAGAGAUGGUUCCAGUGUGUGAGCAUCGUACUCCCAAGUGGUAGCAGCUGGUGGUUCUGUGGUUUUUUGUGUCUCUCAGUUCCACAGAGAUGGUUCCAGCAUGUGAGCAUCAUACUCCCAAGUGAUAGCAACGGGUGGUUCUUUGUGUCUCACAAUGCCACAGAGAUGGUUCCAGCACCAGGAUUAACAAUUAAUAAUACAUUAAUAAAUAUGCCUGCUUCAGCACAGAAUUGUAUGAAGUAACUUAAUAUAUUACUAUAAAUAUUACCAGCAGCACCUCACUCCCAGUGUAGCCUGUGAUGAAAUUGUCAUCUUGCACUCCUUAGAGCACUCAAAAUACAGGACUACAAGUGUUAGAAGAACUGUGACAAGAACUUUCACAGAGUGUUUUUUUGUCUUGAUCAUUUUCUUUCAGUUUAAUAAAUGCCUGGAAUCCUUUUGUGUUCAAACUGUAUGCCGAAAGGUUUGAAGGAGCUGAUAACAAGAAAAAGAAGGUGAUACCCUUUUAGGUCAUUAUAUGUUUGAUAACUCUGCUAGACUUCUUUAUGGUUUUGUCGUAUGUGAACUCUGUGCCUAAUAUUUUGUCUUACUCAGAUCUCAGUGGUUUAUAUCUCUUGUGUUAUGUAUGCCGAAGGAUUUGAUUGCUGCAUUUCCAUUGUUUAGCUGUUUUUUAACAUUACUUUACUGCAUUGUUUCAGUUUGAUUGUCUUACCCGUGUUAACUUUUGUUACACAUUAUGGUGUUUACAAAGGUAGGAGCUUCACAGUACAUUCCAGGUGUGAAAAGAAUGAGAGCUGUCUGAUAAAGGCCAUAGCAGAAGGCUUCACAGACACAAAAUAGUAAUAUAUAGUAAGCUGGAAGUGACCGAGGCCACCCUUGGAGAGCACCACUUGUGAGGAUGAAGCUUGGUCACCCCUGGAGAGCACCAUUUGUGAGGAUGAAGAUCGGUCACCCCUGGAGAGCACCACUUGUGAGGAUGAAGCUCGGUCACUCCUGGAGAGCACCACUUGUGGGAAUGAAGCUCGGUCACUCCUGGAGAGCACCACUUGUGAGGAUGAAGCUCUGUCACUCCUGGAGAGCACCACUUGUGAGGAUGAAGCUCGGUCACUCCUGGAGAGCACCACUUGUGAGGAUGAAGAUUGUUACAGAAGUCAGGGGUGGGUGAAAGUAGCCACUAUAGUAAGUGGUAUGGGGACAGGAGACAGUUUUGUACAUCAGGAGCAUAAGUACCGUUAUUGGUACAGACUGUGACAUGGGUUUACAUAAGCACUGACCGAUACUGACCCUCCACAUCCUGUCCACUUAUUACUGAACUUGGAUAAAGCAGUAAUAAACUGCUUCUAGCAUCCUUGCAGGUUACGUUUUGCUUUAGGUUGUAUAAAAUCUCCAAAGUGUUCUGCACCAUAUGUUUUAUAAAAUGGUGUAUAGGCAGUAUGUGUUAUACAUCAACAUUUAAUAAGCUCAUAAACUCCUUGGGCUUCACAGUCCAAGUGUGCUUGUUUUAUGUCUGGUGGAGGUUUUAAAGAAAUCCCAUAUCAGAACCCAACCUGUACCGUAUUCUGUGUGUUACUGGCAAAGUUCGCUGCAUGUUUCAAGUAGCAGGUCAUAGGUUACAGCAGUGAAGAACGAUGCUCACAGUAAGUCAUAACAGCUUCUUAUGGCCUUUCAGUAUAUCAUUUAUAUUAUUGUGCUGUUCCAUAUGGUGGCUUAUUCAUUUGAUUGUCUAGGUAGGGGGGCAUAGAUGGAAAGGUUUUGAGAAGGACUUUAGUCAGUAAGGAGGAAGGCAGACACCAGCAUUCUUUCUUGGGAAGGGAGGACACUUAUAGUAUCUCGGUCUUUUGGGGGAUUUUGCAGCCAGUAAGAAUUGCCCAUCAUCCAUAAAAGUGAACUCUAGCAUUUGUUUGUGUCUUGUUUCUUCAGGUUGUUAGGGUUCUGCACUCUGUCGAUAUCCUUUUCCACAGUGAUGGUAGGUAUCUGAGGAAGUAUAGUUGCCCUGGCAUUGGGGGGAAAUUAUGAACCAAAACAUGUGGAACAGCUCUGCGAUGGGUAAUGAGAUGCUCAUUUGAAGCCAAGAAUUAAAGCAUCUGACUUCAUUUGUUAAAAGACAUUUAUCUGUCGUUCGAUCAGCUGUUAGUAGUACAGACAAGUGGUGCAGCAAGCGUAGAAAACAAACUCCUCCCAGUUCCAGCUUCCGUAGUAGUUCCCCUUCCAAGUAUGGUGAUCAUCAUAGAGUGAGUGCCUUAAGGUAGGGAGUUACUGAUUUCUGCAGGACCAGUGUUUGUUAUAACUGCUUCUGCUUCGAACCAGCACAAGCACGCACACAUACACGUGCGCUCACGUGCAGACACACAUGUGCACUUGUGUGCGUACAUGCACACACACUUGUGCUCGCAUGCUCAUAUACACACACACACAGCGUUUCUCCCUAAAGUAGUCUCCAGUAGAGCGUCUGAUUCUGCAGUACCUUAUCGCUGUCCAGCACUCAGUGGUUGUACUCCAUUGCUUUCAGUGACCUCUGCAGAUGACACAGGCUAGUACCAAAGUAGCUAUGAGCUCUCCCCACAGUCAGUACACUUACAGUAUUACCUGCAUUGACCCCUGCUGGGUGCAAGUGGGAUUGGAAAAGCUGUUUGUCCCACCCACAGUCAGUAAUCUUAUAUUACCUCCUACCAUACCGCUGGGAGAGACUGGGACAGCAAUAACUGUGAAACCUUUACCUAAUAUCCACCUACAUUCAGUGCUUUUGCAGAGUGCAUUAGCUGUGAGUUCGCUCCAUGUUCGGUCACCACAGACAAGCGCACACACUACAGUUGCCAUCUUAGGAAGAGGCAAAAACAAACUGGACAAAAGCCACAUGCCUUGCACCACCCAUGCCUUUCUGCUGUGCCCCAUUGCUUUUGUCUUUUUAUGCCAUUUUGCUUCGCCUGCUCCACCCACCCCUCGCCACACCACCAUUUUGUGGUAUGAAUGGACACAUUUCCUGAUCACUGGAGGAGAUAAAAUGUCUUUAUUUUUCCUUCUAACUGCCAUCUAGUAAAGGUGACUUUACAGACUGGCAUUUUGUUUGCUGUGGCAAACAGAAUACUAAAGUUUGUAAAAUCAUUUCCUGGUUACUGGAUCGGUGUUAAGAUUUCUGGACAGUCUGGGGGGGGCAGGUCAUUCGCAACACCAACACCCACCCACACACACUAUUUCUAUUCCAUUGCUUACAAUGACGUCUGCUAGGAAAUACUUGGCCUGUAGUAGCAGUGCUUUCAGUCCCCCCCGACACACACACACACACACACACACACACACACACACUUUUACUUCAAUGCCUAGAGUAACUCAUAAUAUAGUGAGCGUGGAUCUCACCUUGGUCUGUUUUAUUCACAUAUUUGUCAUCGGAAGCUUUCUGCUGAAACUGUAAGUAGUAGCUGUGAAGAGUUUUUUGGCCAGUAUUUGUACUUUGUCGUCUAAAUUAAUGUCUUGAUGGGAGGGGGACUGGUUCUUAAAGUCACUGUUUAGUUUCUGCCACCCAGCACUCCUUCCAUGUGGUGCUUUCGUCCCUUAAUUCCUCUCUGCAGAUAGAGCCCAGUCUGUGUACUCAGUGGUAGAAAUGUAGUUCAUUUAAUUUUCCUUUCAGGUGUUGGCAGCAGCAAGUAUGGAACUCGCUCAACAUUUGUACUGCUCAUUCCUGCAGAGGCCAGUCUUGACUAAAGGGUAUCGUCUUCACUUCACUUUUGGUAGUUUUAUGCACAGAGACUCUGUGAAAGCACUUUUCUUGCAGGUUCUUACUCAUUAAAAACACUUUUGUUUUGAUGGUAUGAUUUUAUUUAUACAGUUGCUGUGUUUGCACUCCAUGCUUUUUUUGACUUCCUACCCCCAAAGUUACAGAACUGGAAUUAUUGUUAACAUUUUUUUAUUACUACUCUAUACUUUAGUGUAACAGAGAAGUGUGCAAGUUUAUAUAUGUACAUAUAAUAUGUAAGUUAUAUAACCUGCUGUAAUUAAUGUACACAAGAAGUCGGCUUAUAUUUAAUGCACUGACACUGGAAGUUGGAGGGGAAAUUGCCUCCCUUUUGUUUGUUUCCUUUUUGAAUGGACAGUGUUUACAUUUUUUGAUUUGUGUGUGUUAAUAUUGUUUAGGACCUGCUACAAAGAUAAGGUAUUGUUAAAACAUACAUCUGCAAUACAGUCCCUUGUAUUCUAA